AUGGCUUCGUCCCCGCCGCGGAGGCGCCUCCCUGCUGCGCACCUCCUCUUCGCCCUCUUUCUGGCGAUGUCCGCCGUGCUGCCGCGGGGCGCCGGGGCGGUGGAACUUGGGCUGAAGCUGCCAUUCAGCCCGGGGGACGUGCUCCCCGUCCUGCCGCGGCAGGUGGCGUGGCCCGUCAUGAACACGCUCCACAGCGCCGUCGACCUUCUGCCGUCCUUCGUCGCCGCCGUGGCGCCCGGGGCGCCGGCGCCGGUGGUCUGGAGCGGCGCGUGCUUCGCGGAGAACGAGGCCGCUAUCGAGCUCACGCCCGGGGACCGCAACGGGACCGACGUCGGCGGCGCCGUCCUGCGCCUCAAGACUGCUUCAGCUCAUAGUUGGACAUGCAUGGAUCUCUAUGUUUUUGCAACACCAUAUAGGAUAACAUGGGACUAUUAUUUUGCUGCUCGGGAUCACACUUUGGAGAUUAAAUCAUGGGAGGAAGAAGCGGAAUUGGAAUAUGUGAAGGAGCAUGGCAUUUCUGUUUUUCUCAUGCCAUCUGGAAUGCUUGGAACUUUGCUAUCUUUGAUUGAUGUCCUGCCUUUGUUUUCAAACACUGCCUGGGGCCAACAUUCCAACUUGGCCUUUUUAGAGAAGCAUAUGGGAGCCUCAUUUGAGAAACGUUCCCAGCCUUGGGUUGCUAAUAUUAGAAAGGAGGAUAUACAAUCUGGCGACUUUUUGGCUCUAUCAAAGAUUCGAGGACGAUGGGGCGGGUUCGAGACAUUAGAGAAAUGGGUGACUGGUGCAUUUGCUGGGCAUACCUCGGUUUGCUUAAAAGACGAGAAGGGUGAUCUUUGGGUUGCAGAGUCAGGCUAUGAAAACGAGAAGGGAGAAGAAAUCAUUGCCAUAGUUCCUUGGGAUGAGUGGUGGGCCAUGGCCCUCAAGGAUGAAUCAAAUCCUCAGAUAGCCCUGCUUCCUUUGCACUCUGAUGUACGUGCCAGAUUCAACGAAAGUGCUGCAUGGGAAUAUGCCCGGAGCAUGGUUGGAAAGCCUUAUGGCUAUCAUAACAUGAUAUUUAGCUGGAUUGAUACAAUAGGAGAUAAUUAUCCACCUCCCCUUGAUGCUAACCUGGUAAUGGCAGUCAUGUCAAUGUGGACUAGAUUGCAGCCAGUUUAUGCUGCAAACAUGUGGAAUGAAGCCCUAAACAAACGACUUGGCACUGAGGGUUUGGACCUUCAGGGGAUCAUUAUGGAGACUGAAAGACGUGGAAUGUCUUUUGAUCAGUUGCUCACCAUACCCGAGCAAGACGAAUGGGUAUACAGUGAUGGUAAAUCAACUACUUGUGUUUCCUUCAUUCUUGCAAUGUACAAGGAUGCUGGAAUAUUCGCCCCUUUUUCAGAGUCGAUCCAGGUCACCGAGUUCACUAUUCGUGACGCAUACAUGCUCAAGAUUUUUGAAGACAACCCGGCAAGGCUUCCAAGCUGGUGCAACACAGACAUCGACAAGCUUCCCUUUUGCCAGAUUCUCGGAGAGUACAGAAUGGAGCUGCCAGAGUACAACUCGAUUGAACCUUAUGCGAAAAUGAACGAGAACUGUCCGUCUUUACCCCCAACAUACAAACGACCCGCACGCUGCUGA